AUGCACCUGCUGAGGCGUAGCGGGAUCGGUGAGUUUUGAUGCUUCGGGAGAGUGCUCUGGCAGUCGGAAGCACCGCAUAACUUUAUUUUUCACCUGUGUUUUGAAAGAAAAUUAUUGGAAUAGACCGAAAGGAAUGGAUUUCACGAUACUCCACCUCUGCUGUGUAUUGAUUAGUCUUAUCGCAGGUGUUGCCCAUGGCCUGGAGAUCACGUCCCAGGGACCCACGUCCAUAGAGAAGGCCAGCAGUGAGAGUGUCAAGCUGGAUUGCCAGUUUUCUCUGGCCGCUGUGGACUCUGGCCCCCUGGACAUCGAAUGGAGCCUGCUGGCCUCCGACAACCAGAAAGAGGACAAAGUGGUGAUCCUGUACUCUGGGGACAGGGCCUAUGAGGACUACUACCCUGCAGUGAAGGGGCGGGCCCACUUCAACUCACCCGACCCAAAGAAUGGUGACGCUUCCAUCAACCUGACUGGUCUGAAGUCCUCAGACACGGGAACCUACCAGUGCAAGGUGAAGAAGGCCCCGGGCAUCCGCAGCAGAAAGAUGCUACUGACCGUCAUGGUGAGGCCGUCCAAGCCCAGAUGCUCUACUGAAGGCCCCACCCAGGAGGGUAAGGACGUGGUCCUGAGGUGUACGUCCAGUGAGGGGACCAACCCCCUGCAGUACACCUGGGAGAAGACCAGUGACAACAAGAUUCUGCCUGCCUCAGCCGUGCUAGACCCUGUGGGAGGCACCAUGAAUGUAAGGAACGCGUCCAUCAGCUCCUCUGGAACCUACCGCUGCACUGUUAAGAACCACGUGGGCAUGGAGGAGUGUAUUCUACAGCUUGGCAUCACUCCCCCACCCAACACUGCUGGUAUCAUAGCUGGAGUCAUCAUCGCUGUGCUGCUGGCCCUCAUCAUCAUCGCCAUCAUCCUCUUCUGCUGCUGCCGCGCCCACCACAGGAAGAAGUACGAGAAGGAGAUCUCUUACGAGAUCAGAGAGGACGUUCCCCCUCCAAAGAGCCGCGUGUCGACGGCUCGCUCUUUCACCAGCGUGGGCAGCCAGCGUUCCUCCCUGGGCUCCAUGUCCCCCUCCAACCUGCAUGAGUACGCCCUCAAGCCCCAGUAUGACAAGAUCCCCUCCGUGGAGGAGUAUGAGAGGCCCCCCAGCCACACACCCCUGCCACCGCCUGUCGCCAGCAAGAUAGCUGGCCGUAACCUCAGCCGCAUGGGCGGCAUCCCCGUCAUGAUCCCCGCCCAAAACAAGGACGGCUCCAUUGUGUAAUGGAGAGGGGGAGAAAGGGAGGGGUGGGACUGGGGUACACUAGCCAGAGAGGAGGUGGGGGGCUGGUCUGACAACUGGAGAGAUGGAGGGAGGGACUGGGGGACACUAGCCAGAGAGGAGGUGGGGUGGCUGGGCUGGGGACUGGGCUGACUGAUUUUAUGUCCUCCACCACUCAUAAGCUGUGGUGCCGUACUGAGGAGAAAAGAGAUGCAGUACUGUACCAUAUCACAUCAGGCCCACUAUGAACUAUUUACUGAAGGCAAAAAACAACAGAUCAUUUUAUGAAUUUUACUUCCUGAUCUUUCUGACAAGCAGACACAAAAAUACUAGGGUGGCUAGCUACAUUUUAAUGGUCAAUUCAGAAAGGUUGCUUUGUAUAUAGUUGAAUGCAUGAUGCUUUUUAAUCUAGCUGGCCCUGUCCUUAGAGAUGUGUGCAGAGCAGACCAAGGUCUCUGAUUGGCCUAUGGUGGGUUUGUACUGUGACAGUAUGACAGCUGUAUGUGUGUGUUUCUGGGCGUGGGAAAUGUACACUUCUACUCCAGUCUUUGGAUGAAAUGCCAAAAAUAUAAUCAGACAAAAGUUUUUAUCAAAUCUCUCAGUUACAUUUUUGAAAAUAUUUUGCAUAUUUGACAAUAACCCCUCCACACACAUAUUUGUUAAAUCUAUUUUAAGAAUAGGGGUUGCCGAAGGGAUUUAAGAUUUCUGCUUUUCAAAUGAGUUUUGUUGUCAUGUGGUUACCUUUAUAAAGAUGUUUAUUCCACUGGUUGGACUGGCUGAUGUAAUGGGCAUGUUUGGACUGGCUGAUGUAAUGGGCAUGUUUGGACUGGCUGAUGUAAUGGGCAUGUUUGGACUGGCUGAUGUAAUGGGCAUGUUUGGACUGGCUGAUGUAAUGGGCAUGUUUUCCAGCCCUGAGAGCAGUUGGUCCAGCUUGGGCUGGGAGGGACGGACGGUCAGGGUUGGUUAACGACACGGGAGGGGGAGUUAAGCCACCCCAUCUUGUGAUUGGUGGAUUGUUGUUUCUUUGCCGGGCUUACACCCCAUCUUCUCCCUUUCUCCCCACCCCUCUCUACAAGUUCCUAGAACAGGCAGUGUUUUGGAGAAUAGGGGGGUGUGGCUUCACUGAACAAUCAUAUUUGAUUGUGUUUCACUGCCACCAGCUCAGGCCCCUAACCCUUCGGACUCCACCAGUGCACCCCUCCCCCAACACACAUUCUGUAUUAGCAGGACGACCACGGUUACACUGUUCGCUAUUAUUAACCAUCUCUGUUGUUUAACCAUCCAACCCAAAGGUCUCCCCACAGUCCUUCCCAGAAAACAUUCUGGAUUUGGAACCGCAUACCUAGGGUUCAAUAUCGCAACCUCUUUCAAUGGUCAUUAUUAAGUUUAUUGGUUCAUUCAUGCAUCACCGUUUGUGAAGGAUAAAUGAAGGAUGUACAUGUAUGUUAUAGUAUGUUAGUAAGUAUGUUACAUGAUUUAUGGAAGGAAGUGAGUGUUAAGGGGAAGAAGUCAACAUUAGAAUACUGAGUCACAGGUGUUCACAUGUUUAGGCUACAACUACAGUCCAGUAACUGUUCUCUAGGGUUCCCAUGCUGUACCCUAGCUCUAUCACUCAGUCAGUCACAACAGGCUGCUCCCAGUCUUACUCACAGCCUCAGUGCUUCUGCUCAGCCCAGAUGACUUGUUUCUGUGAUUGACAUCACUGUGCCUUGUCUGUACUGACUUGUAUCACACACAUACUGUUGUAGCCACAGGCCCCUAAGUAGGUGUCUGUGUCUCAAUGGAUCCCUGGUUGUGUGCUAGCCUUUUAACGUUGCUGUGCGCCAUACAUGUAUGUUUUGUAGCUAACGAUCAUUGCCAUGUAUGGUGCUUGGCACAAGAGUUGGCUUCAGUACAUAUAGUUUGGCUAUAAUGGACCUGUAGUACCAGGCCUACAUCAGGCAUAAUAACCAGUCCACUUUACAUGGUUUUGGAUCCUGUGUAAUACUGCAUCGCAGUUUACAUUAGCUCUGUAUUUAAACUGUUGCAAUGUUUAAAACAUUUCCCAAACAUUGAUUCAUACAUUUGUUGCUUCUUUUUUAAAUUCAUUAUUUAAUUUUUCUGUAUGAAGGCUUUGGUUGUAUGUGUAAAUAUACUGUAAAAGUGACACUAUCUCUAGAACUUAUCCCACCACACUUACUCUAAUGCUCUGUAUGUAUAAUGAUGCUCUGCAGUACUUUUCUUGGUUAAUGUGUAUCUAAAACAUGAUCGCUGGGUGUUAUCAAUAACAGUAGAGGGUGAAAGCCUGCUCAUUCAGCUGGGCACUACUGUAGCUCUGUUUCAGGAUCCACAUUAGCAUCUUACUUAGAAUGAAGAUCAAUGAUUAUUUGAUGGAUCAGCCAUGUUAUGGAUUGUAUAAGUUUGACAUGGAUGUGUGGGUGUCCAGAUUCUAAAUGGUAUACUAGCAUGGUUAUUGAAACAGAGCCUGAUUCUGUGUGUGUGAAUAGAAUGUAGUAGAUUUGGGGUGGAUGAAGAGGAGGUGAUGGGUAUAGAGCGCUUUCUGAAUUGUACAGUAUCCCCGCGCCUCUCCUCAUUGUGGCAGGUGUAACUUCACACCCAUGGGACAGCAGCCACAUCCAACUGCUGCACCGAGGCAGGAUGUGGAGAAAAACCCACACCAUACACUACCCCAAGUUGGAAAAGCUGUCAGUUCUCUCCAAGCCCAGGGAAGUGUGUGUGUGUGUGUGUGUGUGUGUGUGUGUGUGUGUGUGUGUGUGUGUGUGUGUGUGUGUGUGUGUGUGUGUGUGUGUGUGUGUGUGUGUGUGUGUGUAAUGUCUGGAAUGUCUGGAGGGGGCCCAGAUAUAUAGUAUUUUAGUAGAAUAGACCUUUGACUGCUGACAAACUACAGAGUCAUUAGGGAGUCAUAUUGUACAGUCCCUCUCAACUCCGGAAACUAAUGAGAAGAACUACUAACAUGAUAUUUACUGUAGCUUUUAAAAGAAGUGUACUAAUAUUGUAUGAAUAUUUUUCUUUCGGGGGUUUGUUUGCACAUUGGGUGAUCAAACCUGUUUUAAUUUUUCUUUGUGUGUGUCAUUUUUGUGCUGUAUUUUUAAAUAAUAAAAGGACAUAAAAUGAAA